ACCUUCCAAAUCACCAUCGGUCGUUAUGGCUCCUGCUGAAUAUCAGAAUACCUUCUCGAACUCGCUCAACUACGGACUACAAGUCGGCCAUAACACUGGGAAUAUCGAGACCCACCAUCACUACGCCGCUGACAAUCCUUUAACUCGCCUCAUAUACUCAAAAAACGCCCGAUUCAACUCCAAUUAUCGACAGCACGCGCAGAUCUGCCACGAGAAUACCCGAACAGAUCUCCUGCGAGACAUAUAUAACUGGGUGGACGGGGAAGAUGAGCGACACAUUUUCUGGUUACAAGGAUUAGCUGGUACCGGCAAAUCAACUAUCGCACAGACAGUAGCAAAGCAUUACUAUGACUUGAGUCCGAAGCGACUCGCAGCAAGCUUCUUCUUCGCACGGGGUGGAGGCGAUGCAAGCCAUGCAGGCCUCUUUGCCACAAGCAUCGCCGUUCAAUUAGCAAAUGAUGUACCACAGCUUCACGACGCAGUUUGUAUGGCGAUCACAAAAUGCAGCGACAUCGCAUCCCGGUCUCUAAGUGAUCAGUGGCGUCGGCUCGUUCUUCAGCCCUUCUCAAGCCUCGAGACGAACAGUCCAUCUUCAUACCUCAUCGUUAUUGAUGCUCUAGAUGAAUGCAAUGGCAAAAAUGACAUUCAAACCAUUUUUCAGCUCUUGUCGGAAGCUCGACAACUCAUACCCUUGCGAUUGCGUUUCUUUCUUACCAGUCGACCCGAUACAGUGAUUCGCCGGGGCUUUCAAGAGGUGCCGACGGUUGAUCGUCGAGAUGUCAUUCUUCACCAAAUAGAACGUGCUCUAGUCAAUCACGACAUCGCUCUUUAUUGCAACCAUGAGCUUGCUCUUAUUCGGCAAGAACAGUAUCUGGAGCCAGACUGGCCUAUUCUAGAGGAAAUUCAACGUCUUGUUAAUAAGUCGAGCGGCCUCUUCAUCUGGGCUGCCACGGCAUGUCGAUACAUCCGCCAGGGACGAAAUAAUGCUGAAGAACGGUUAUCCAUGGUUCUAAAUACGCAGAUACAUGAUUCCGGGCCAGAAAAAGAACUUGACGCGAUUUACACAAUGGUUCUCAUUAAUUCUGUUCCUGGGAAUUUCAGUAAUGAAGAGAAGGAAAAGUUAUAUGCUCGGUUGGUUCAUUUACUGGGCAGCGUUGUGAUUUUAUUCGCCCCGCUUUCCAUUCAUGCUUUAAAUACCCUAUUGGACAUCUCCGUCAACGAGAUCAAAAGAACGAUUAUUGAUCUCCAUUCGAUACUUCAUGUUCCACUAGAAGAACACAAUGACCUUCGAUUACAUCAUCCCUCGUUCCGAGACUACCUAGUCAACCCCACUAGAUGCGGCCUGAAAAGUCUCCAAGUCAGCGAGGAAGGUGCGCAUAGGAGGUUGUUGUUUGAUUGCUUGGAUCUCAUGUCAGCAACUUUGAAGGAAAAUAUAUGCGACCUAGAUUAUUCUAACCCUGGUAUCCUGCGAGCGGAGGUAGAAGAGAGACAUGUCCAGCAAUCUAUUCAUCCUGCGCUGCGUUAUGCAUGUCUCUACUGGGUGCAACAUCUCCAAAGAAGCAGUCAAAUGAUAUAUGAUAAGGAUCAAGUCGAUAAUUUUAUGAGACAACAUCUCCUAGCUUGGCUAGAAGCCCUGAGCUGGAUGGGAAGAGCUGCAGAAAGUAUACAAGUGGUGACUUGCCUACAGUCUAUUGCAUCUGAUGUCAGACGCUUCAUCUCCUAUACUUAUCCUAUCGUGGAACGUGCACCGCUCCAAUUAUACCUCAGCGCAUUGAUAUUCACACCAGAAAGUAGCCACAUCCGCAGUCAUUUUCAACGAAGAGUCUUCCGGUGGAUGAAAAAGUUGCCAGUUACAGAGAAGAACUGGAGUUCUCUACUUCAGACACUUGAGAGCCAUGCUGGCCGGGUGAACGCGAUCGCCUUCUCUCCAGAUGGGACCAUGCUAGCGUCAGCAUCAUUUGACUGUACAGUCCAGCUCUGGGAUACAGCUACAGGGAGUGCGCGCCAGACACUUGAGGGACAUACUGACAGGGUGACCGCGAUCGCCUUCUCUCUAGAUGGGACCAUGCUAGCGUCAGCAUCCGGUGACCGUACAGUCCGGCUGUGGGAUACAGCCACAGGGAAUGCGCGCAAGACACUUGAGGGCCAUACUGACUGGGUGAGAGCGAUCGCCUUCUCUCCAGAUGGGACUAUGCUAGCGUCAGCAUCUGAUGACUGUACAGUCCGGCUGUGGGAUACAGCCACAGGGAAUGCGCGCAAGACACUUGAGGGCCAUACUGACGAAGCGAGAGCAAUCGCCUUCUCUCCAGAUGGGACCAUGCUAGCGUCAGCAUCCGAGGACCAUACAGUCCGGCUGUGGGAUACAGCCACAGGGAAUGCGCGCAAGACACUUAAGGGCCAUACUGACUGGGUGAGAGCGAUCGCCUUCUCUCCAGAUGGGACCAUGCUAGCGUCAGCAUCAUAUGACUGUACAGUCCGGCUCUGGGAUACAGCUACAGGGAAUGCGCGCCAGACACUUAAGGGCCAUACUGACUGGGUGAGAGCGAUCGCCUUCUCUCCAGAUGGGACCAUGCUAGCGUCAGCAUCCGGUGACCGUACAGUCCGGCUGUGGGAUACAGCCACAGGGAAUGCGCGCAAGACACUUGAGGGCCAUACUGACGAAGUGAGAGCGAUUGCUUUCUCUCCAGAUGGGACCGUGCUAGCAUCAGCAUCUGAUGACUGUACAGUCCGGCUCUGGGAUACAGCUACAGGGAAUGCGCGCCAGACACUUAAGGGCCAUACUGACAGGGUGAAAGUGAUCGCCUUCUCUCCAGAUGGGAUCAUGCUAGCGUCAGCAUCCUAUGACUGUACAAUCCGGCUCUGGGAUACAGCCACAGAGAAUACACGGCAGACGCUUGAGGGCCAUACUGACAGGGUGAAAGCAAUGGCCUUCUCUCCAGAUGGGACCGUGCUAGCAUCAGCAUCUGAUGACUGUACAGUCCGGCUGUGGGAUACAGCCACAGGGAAUGCGCGCAAGACACUUGAGGGCCAUACUGACGAAUUGAGAGCAAUCGCCUUCUCUCCAGAUGGGACCAUGCUAGCAUCAGCAUCCGGUGACCGUACAGUCCGGCUCUGGGAUACAGCUACAGGGAAUGCGCGCCAGACACUUAAGGGCCAUACUAACUCAGUGAAUGCGAUCGCAUUCUCUCUAGAUGGGACUAUGCUAGCGUCAGCAUCCUAUGACUGUACAAUCCGGCUCUGGAAUACAGUCACAGGCGUGUACCAGACACUAGAGGGCCAUACUCACUCAGUGACGGCAAUCGCCUUCUCUCCAGAUGGGACCGUGCUUAUUACGGAUAAAGGUAGAAUACACAUCAACUCUCACGACGUAACUAGUCAUUCCCAACCACAACAUGUGGUUCCUGCUCCUAAGGUGGUGAUUGAGAACCAAUGGAUUGCCUGUAAUGGAUACAAUAUUCUCUGGCUUCCACCAGAAUACAGAUCCAAUGUGUCUGCUGUCUAUGCGACUAAGGUUGCCAUCGGGUGUUCUUUGGGCCAAGUUCUUCUCUUUGAACUAGAUAUUUUCUGAACUCUUCAGUGUGUUGUUUGACCCCUGUACUGUACAUAAAGCAUUACACAGAGUGCUUGAAUUGUCACGGUUUGCUCUCGCUGUCCCUGACGUUCGCUCUUGGCCAGCUGGCUUAGCUUCCAAG